UGGCCCAGCAUCUGACAAACACUGUAUUCGUUGACAGAGCGUUGAUAGUCGUACCAUAUGCUGAAGGUUUGUGCAUUGUUUAAUGGCCUAUGAAGCCACCGGGUGGUGGCGUUUUAUUCCAAUAUAGUUCAUUAGAGUGAGGCUUAGGAAAAUAUAAAACAUACGAGAUACCAACAUUUUAAAACCCUUGGUAUAUUGCCAUUGGCAUGUGGAUUAAAUAUUUUUUUAUUUAGUGACACUUAAUGAAAGUGGAAAGUUAACCUUUUGCUGUUCUUAUGCGUCUUAAGUUUAGAAUAUUAUUACUUUAGAGAGAAUUAUUAGCAAAUUGUGCUGUUUAUUAACUUUAAGACAUUCUUCUAAACAGACUUAUCCAACAGGUGAAUAUUUUAAAGAAUUUUUGCCUUAAUAAUUGAUUAUUUGCUAUUUGCACAUAUGCCUAAAUAUCUUAAUGAGAGUUGUUUCUCUCUCUAAGAGUACAUGGGAGAAUAGUUUGACUUUUUUUUUGAGAUGUGCUGCCACUUCAUUUAGUUAAGAACUUCCCUAAAAAAGCACUCACUCUCAUUGUGAACUUCAGUAUACCAAGGGUUUGGAUAAUUGUGGUUUAAUUUCCAAGUGAAAUUUUCCAAGAGGUGCCAAAUGGGCACUGGUAUUAGUUUUUAUUCCAAGUUUUCUUGUUCAGCCUUGCUAUAUUUUAUAGAAUUUCACUAAAUAAUAAACUCUUCUCUCUGUUAUUUGUGUGUGUGAUUUUUGUAGUGGAGAAGGCAAAUGCAAAGCCCUUCCAGAUGACUGAAAAACAGUGGGUCCUCUGCAGCUACAGGGGAUUCUAGACAUUAACUAAAGGCCAGCAAGCACUCAAGUCCCCAAGUGUUUUCCUGGUGUAACCACUUGUUAACUACAUUCUCUCUUCUUCUUUUUAUUUUUACAUUUUAGGGUGUUACAGUAAUUUGAAGGGCAAUGAGCAGGGUUUUUGGAACUUACCUUAAAAACAAUCUGCUGAGAAGACAACACUUCUUACAGAAGUCUUAUUAAACUCUUCUAGACUUGCUUUAUAAGUAAUUUGUUUCCACUGUUCUAUUUCUUGGUUUACUUCUGAAAACAUAKUUUUUUCUAAGUCAUUUGAAUAAGACCUCUGCAGAUAAGUCAUACUAUAUGAAUUAAACUGGUAUACGGUCUUUGUUCAGACCUUUUAGUAAGAUAUUGUAAUGCUGUAGGCUCUCCUUUGGGGCCUUGGGAGCUGUCAUAGAUUCGUAUUCCUCAAAUUGAUAAGAUGUGAAAUCUUAGUUCACUUAAAGAAUCCAGGGUUAGUGAUUGAGACACGGUACUUUGUUGAGAGUACAGACAACGUUCCAAAAUUGUAAUUACUGCUUCCGCUUUCACUAGUUUAGUGAAAUAUAGCAUAGUUGAAAGGCCUCUUGUCCUAAUCUUUGCAUUAAAGUGUGCUAUCCUAACAGUCCAUCUGAGUUAGUGCUGAAAUAUUCUCCAAGGCCCACAUGUAAGAAUGCUAGAGUAUACCUUUGAUAAGAAUAAAGCAAUUUUCUGUUUGUCAGUCUGAUUUUGUCUGUUGUGCUUGAUGGUGGAUAAAUCUGGCACACAGAGAAACUGGACCAGUAGUUUCGGUUCAGAACAUGUAAAGUUAAAAGUUUAUUAAAUAUAAUAAAGUAGUACAUUCUAUUGGGCCUGUUUAAAUCAAGGAAUUCCUCAUGGGCUGUUCCUUGUGGUGUUCUGGUGUUAAGAAUGCUGGUAUUUUUGGCAUAAUGAUGCGGCAUACCACAGCAGAUACGUUUUGCCAAUGAAAUUAUGCCUCCUGGUUUUGUAAUAUUMUCUGCUUUUGUCCAUGACCUGGAGGAUAGUUUCUCCUCCAAAUAUGUAUUGCCAGGGUCCCAAUUCAACAAGUUACUUAAGCACGAUACAGCAAGAUUCUUAAAACUGUAAUGAAAUUGCUCAUGUGCUUACAGCCAGGCAUUUGCUUAACUACUGUGCUGAACUGGGCCCUUUUAUCUUUUCUUUUGUAUUGUGAUAAUUCUGUUUCAAUAUUGCCUGUUGCUAAAGUAUAUGUUUAUUAUUUGUUUAGUGCAGUAUUUAUCCCCUAUAUCACAAGCGUACUCCAGUUUUAGCAUACACAGACAUUUUGAUGUUGGCUGUUGCUUUGUGUUAUAGAACUAUGCACAAAGUCUACGGUAAGGUUUAGUAUUAAUUGUAACUUUUCACUGUGAUAUUCCUAGAUUUGGAAGGAACUCUAAUCUUAAAGAUGGCUGGGGAGGGGGAGGUAUUUAGGUUCUUUGGUUAAUGUUUGUUUCUUUUUGUCUGUUUCUUUUUCUUUCAUUUCUACACAUUCAUGCAGUAUUUCAUGGUUCUAACAAAGCAGCAGUAAAAAAAACUCUUGACGCAUGAAAAUUAACUGGUGAGGGGCCUCAUUGCUUUUUUAAAGUUGUAGUUUAUUUCUAAAUUUUUUUUUUAAAAUAGAGGAUCAGAUGCAUGAUUUUUUUUAAUGGAUGCAGAUCUUCUGUGAGGUGUCUCAAGAUAAGUCUGAGGAUUUGUAUUUAGAUGCCAGAAAUGUUGUAGUUACACUAAUUUGAAAUGUCUAGAUAUACUUUAUAAAUAUCCUCUGAGACAUAAUUUUGCAUGCAAAAUUACCCCAUAAUCUCUGUAGGUAUGUUAAUUUAUUGAUGCAUUAAUGCCCUUUAUCUAAAUGACCUUUUUCCCCCCCUCUCCCUCCAUAACUUUUGGUAUCUAAAUUGAUGACAGCUCAAUGACACAAGCAAGAUAACAGUGCUGUGUAUUAUACAUUUGUUUAUAUUAUCGGCACUUCUCAGUAUAGGUGGAAGGAACCAUUACCUUUAUUUAACAGUGGUUUUUCUUUUUUGUUGUUGUGUUUUACAGUUCUUUUCCCUGGUUCAGCCUGAACUAUAUACCAGGCCCUGCUGAAAAUACCACCCAACAGUUUUCUUCUGCAGCUUAUCCAGUUUCUCUUAAGUGCCCUGUACAUAUUUGAAGCAGCCGACACGAGUCGUUGUUCAUAAAACAGCUUUUGAAAGUUGAGAGCACACCCCCGGAGAACCGACUGUGCUUGCUUACGUUUGGUUCAUGACUUAAAAAUCGAGUACAGGAGUUAUUCCUGAUGAGACUAAGGCUUUGUCUCUCUUGGCACCAGCUAAUGCUGUGGCAGGUCUGCUGCCUGGAGGUGGACUCCUGCCUACUCCCAACCCACUCUCUCAGGUAGGCUCUCUGGUUGGACCACAAUGAGGGAAGCUGUUCAUGUCUCCUGUUAGACUCUGAUUUGCUUUGUUUUUUGUUGUUGUUUUCAGGAUAAAUAGCUUGAUAUAUUAAUGCUGGCUAAGGAAAUGUUUUAGUUGCUGGAUUGUACGGUUACAGACAUAUGGUCCUGAAACACGAUGAUACAGGCRUGAUUUUUGGUGUAAUGGCAAUAAAUUGCAAAAUGGAAUCCGUUUCCCUAAUAUAACAUUUCUGUUAUCUUACAGCCCCAGUGUUUUAUCUCUCAUAUUCCUCUCUUUUUCUACCGGAAACUUUCAUCCAGAUGCAAGGAGUACCAGAGAUCUCAGAGGCUGGGAGAUCCAGCAGAGGCUGUGGAGAGAUACCCACCAUUAAUAUUGCAGCUGUGUGGGGAAAAAAUUGCAGCUCGUAUUGAGUCUUUCUCUGAAUACACAAGAAUCCAUAUGAAGAUGUUAGAAUAACUCGGUGUGGAAAAAGUUUCARUCAAGAUACAUCAUUAUCAGAGAACAGAUAAUCUGAGCAAAAGGGGCAAAUCAGUAAGAAUUAGGCUCAGUAUUCAUGCUGCUCUCAGAWCCACUUCAUUUUGUGCUUAGCACCUCUUUGUAUUGCUUCUGUUAUGUUUUCAUAUCACAUGAAAAUAUGUAUUUGCUAUUGAAUCAUCUAGAAGCUCGCUUAAAUUUCACUUAUUUGGGAAAAAAAUAGAAAUUUCAGGAAAAUGAUGGAAAAAAACACGCACUUUUUUCAAAAAAGAAAGUGCGAUUAUAAAUUCUUGGAAAUGGCUGUUGAACCAAUUUAAUUUUAGAUCCGUCAGUCUGAAUUCAGCCCACUCGCAACCUGUUUAAUUCUAGAAUUUAACACGUCUGCUUUAUGUGAUUGUAUAGAAAAUUGUACUGGAUGGUGGUUUUCAAGGGUAUGUCAAAAGCCUGAAAUGCAUCUCUUUAUUAAAAUGAGAUGGGCAUCUAACUCAUUCAGAAUUUUUUAGAAUUUUAAUUUCUGUUAAUGGAAUCAGUAUGUGGGGAUGUGACUUUUUCUUUGAGGUUGCAGGGAGGAGGCCUGUAAGGUUUCAAGAGAAAGAAGGUGAGUCAACUGAAGAGUUCAUCGCUGCCUGCGAGCAGAAGCUCCUGCUCCCGAGUUCUCAGCCACGUUGCUUCUGCCUCUUGCUGUUUGCUGCUGUGCAGCUCAUCAGAUCUUUUUGUGAACCGGUGUGUUAGUUUGGUGCAGGCAGCACAAAAAUGUUUUCUGAUGGCUCAGUGGGUUGAGCUGUUAGCAAGUGGGUCCCACAACUGCCAGUGCAACUAGAAAGGAGGCUGUGAGAGUUGAGGAAGUCAGAGCAAGACCUUCUGAUGAAACAUUAAGCAAUUAUAUCAACAUAUGUGCUUAUAAAAUCUUAUGUUUUGUUACCAAAUUUGCAUUGGUCAUCUCACUUGAAUGGCCUGAAAAUGAAGUUCUCUUAGGAGGCUUCUAGAUGAAAAUUUCUUGAGGAAUUCUGACUUAUGCUAUCAUGGUUAUUUAUUCUCCUAGUAGCUUUUUGAAUCACUGGCCAGCUUCAAUCAAAUUUGAGAGAUAUGCAGUAAUGUAAUGAUUUACUGCCGUUUAACAGGAAAUACAUUAAUUGCAAAUCCUAAAUUGACUUAGAUGUGAGGUGAUUGACUCAGAAAUUUAUAAUGAAUAUUCAUUGUAACUCAUUUAUUGUAACGCAGAAUUCCAUUUUAAACAAUUUCUGGAAUUUUUUAGCUUUUUUUUUUUCUCAUCUUUUGGGAUGCUGAGGAAGAAGAAUUUUAUGUUAGAGUAUUUGUAGAAAAGAAACUUUCAUAUACUGCGUCUUGAAAUACCUGGUAAAUGAAAGCUGAAGUACAUGUAUUGAUUUUAUUAUAAUGUUUAUUUGGCAGCCUAUAUAAAACCCAGUACAGAUUUCUCCAUAUGUAAUGCCUAGGAAUCUUAUACUAAUAGCCUUUUAUCAAUUAAGUAAGACUUUAUCUAAUAGUUACGUUUGUGUGUUACAGAUCGGUGCUGUUCCUUUAGCUGCUUUAGGAGCUCCUGCUCUUGAUCCUGCUCUGGCUGCUCUUGGGCUUCCUGGAGCAAACUUAAACUCUCAGUCUCUUGCAGCAGAUCAACUACUAAAACUCAUGAGCACAGUGGACCCAAAGUUGAACCAUGUGGCUGCGGGCCUUGUUUCACCGAGCCUGAAAUCAGAUACCUCCAGUAAAGAGAUAGAAGAAGCUAUGAAAAGAGUACGAGAAGCACAGUCAUUAAUUUCUGCUGCUAUAGAGCCAGACAAGAAAGAUGAGAAACGAAGGCAUUCAAGGUCAAGAUCACRCUCUAGGAGGAGGAGGACACCUUCUUCGUCUAGGCACAGACGGUCAAGAAGCAGAUCAAGGAGACGGUCCCAUUCAAAGUCAAGAAGCAGAAGGCGAUCUAAAAGUCCAAGGCGAAGAAGAUCUCACUCUAGAGAGAGAAGCAGAAGAUCUAGGAGCACAUCCAAAAACAGAGAUAAGAAGAAGGAAGAGAAAGAAAAGAAACGCUCUAAAACUCCUCCCAAAAGCUACAGCACAACUAGACGAUCUAGAAGCACAAGCAGAGAAAGACGACGCAGAAGAAGCAGGAGUGGAACACGGUCACCCAAAAAACCCAGGUCUCCUAAAAGAAAACUCUCCCGGUCCCCAUCUCCAAGAAGACAUAAAAAAGAGAAGAAGAAGGAUAAGGACAAAGAGAGAAGUAGAGAUGAAAGGGAACGGUCAACAAGCAAGAAAAAAAAGAGCAAAGACAAAGAGAAGGAUCGAGAAAGAAAAUCUGAGAGUGAUAAAGAUGUGAAACAGGUCACAAGGGACUACGAUGAAGAAGAGCAAGGAUACGACAGCGAGAAAGAGAAAAAGGAAGAAAAGAAAACGGCAGAUUCUUCCUCCCCUAAAGCAAAGGAGUCUGCAGUUGAUAAAGGCAGUGGAGAUUCAGCAAGGGAGUCCAAAGUAAAUGGGGAUGAUCAUCACGAAGAGGACAUGGAUAUGAGUGACUAAAUUUGGCCUUUGCAGUGAACACGGCUGCAGAUGUGCAUCAGUGUCAUUCCUGUGUGAUUCUUUUAUGCUGUACUUGUUAAUCCUAAAUCUCGAUGUAUACAGCUCGAAGCUAUAAAUGGUUUGUAAAGCUCCGGAUACUAACAUCAAAAGCUUUAUAGAAGGGUAACCAUCCUUGUUACAGCCGAAAGGGAUUGCAUAGCCAAGCCAUUUUUACUCACUUGGUGAUGCUUCAAGCAAAAGUAAAAAGCUGCAUGCAUCUACAGCAGGCAUGGACUGUUUGUUGUAUGAUCUCCUUUAGUAAAUCAGCUCACUUACGAUAGUGUUUCUAGAAUUUGAUUCAUUGCAGUAAUAGAGCAGUAUAGGGAAUGCACUGACUGCAUGUUGAUUGUGGCAGAAACAUCCUAAAUGUUCUAAAAUCCUACAACGUACGACAGAUCUACUUCCAGGUCUUAAGUGUGACUACGCAAAAAUUGACAGUACAUUGGAAAAUAAGCGUUCUGAUAUAGGGGGGUGUUUGUUUGUUUUAAGCCAUGUGGCUGCUUUUUUCUUUUUUUUUUUUUGUGGGUUUUGUUUAGCUUUGACAAAUUAAAAUGCACUAACCUUUCUGAGGGCUUCUUUACGCUGUCAGUUCAAAUCCAUCUCAGGCAACAAGGAGCAGCAAGUCAGGAUCGUGUAAUGUUUCUUUUGGGGGGGCAGGGGGAGGCCUUGGAAAUAUCUGCUUGACCAGUGCCCAGUGAUUAAAGGUUGAUUUGUGCAGUUUUCAUAAUCCAGAUUGUUUUAUUUGUUAAUUCAGACAUUGCAAAAGGGUAGUGCAUUUUAAAAUUGACCUUUGUAUGCUUUUAAAAGCAAGUCUACUUGAUAAUGUACUUUUUACUUGAUCUCAAGUUGUAUAAACUAAUAAAUUUGUGUUUACUGUCACUGCAGUAGUAAUCUUAUGCACACAGUGAUUCCAUGUUAUAUGCAGCGUAGGUAGGCAAGCUGUUCCUUAGUUCCCAAAGUUACACAGCUUUUACUUUUGUGCAGGUAAAGAGACAAAAGUAGGCUCCAGUCUGUGCCAUGUUGAUGUACAGUUUCUGAAAUUGUUUUACAAAACUUUGAUAAUAAAACC